CUCAAGGGCGCUGGCUCAGGCGCGAGGCCUGGGCGUCGGGGGCGCGCCGGCGAUGAAGGCGGGUGCCGCUGCGGCAGCUGCGGCACGGCAGGGCGCAGGAGCGCCGAGAUCGGCGGCAAAAGCAGACAAUGCCCUGGCAGCUUUGCCAGGCAGCAGGGCCGCAACUUCUUCGUCGUCCCCAGGCAAUGCGUCCACCGAAGAAGACGACGAUGAAGAGGACACAUAUGAUUUGGAUUCCGACGAGUCCACCACCGAGCAGGCAUCUUGGUUCUGGAGCGCAGCUAGCAGCCUGCUCUACAAGGCGCACGACCCCAUGGAUCUGGACGCGCGGAGCAUCGAGAACGAGAUCCGAAGGCACAUGGAGAACCCCACCAUUGGGCCUCGCUGGUUCUGGCAGUACCAGCUGGAGUGCCACAGGAUCUACUUGGGAAGCCUCGUGACCGGCCUCGUGAUUAUCCCUGCCAUUAUGGGCAAUUUCGUCGCUGAGAUCAUUCAGCGCACGCCACCUUUCAUACCAAAAUCUCCGACUGAGUUGCAAACGUGGCGCUACAUCGAGAACACCUUCAACGUGAUAUUUUUGACGGAGGUGAUUUUCCAUGGCUAUUCCGAAUGGUGGACUGUGUGGAAACGUUCAGGCGGCAAUUGGUUUGAUUUUGUAGUGGUUCUGGGGGGUUCACUGGACUUAUUUGGCGUCGACUUUGCGGGGCUCGACGUCGUGCUCAUGCUGAGGGCUGUCCGCAUCUUCCGCCUCGUCCGUGCUCUUCGCAUUUUCAGUAAAGUUGGGGCUUUGGCCAAGAUUAUGAACUCAUUGCUGCUAGGUGCUGGGCAGGUCGCCCAGGCUUUGGGCAUUGUUGUCAUGAUCAUGCUGAUCUACGCAGUUAUUGCAGUUGACCAGUACUGCGGCCUCUAUUGUGCCAGUGACGUCGCCCCCUACAGAAACAUGGAACAGUUCGUCACUGCUCGAGGUGUCUGCUUCGGAGAAGACUACUACGGCGACACCGGGCGAGCCCUGUACACGAUGUUCCAGGUCUUGACCGGCGAGUCCUGGUCCGAGGCCGCCGUGCGCCCGAUUAUGUAUCGGUAUGCGACCUCGCAGGAUCCUCAGGAUCAGCAGUUGUACAUCAUAUCUCAGAUAUUCUUUGUGUCGUUUGUCGUGGGCACGAUUGCGGAUCAACUCGUUCGUGCUGAUAAACGUUGUGGUUGCGGUGCUCCUCAGCGGCUUCAUCUCGACCCCUGCUCCUCAGGACGGUCUAUUGAUGAGGCUUCUGCUGGAAGCGGACCAUGAAAUUCGAGCCGAGAUUGCGCUCGCGCAGAAGCGUGCCGAUGAGGUGCUCGCAAAG